UGUCCAUGGGGAGCCCCCAACACCACAUCAAUAUCCUGCUCCCUUGCUGACGUCAUGAGUGAACAGCUGGCAAAAGAGCUGCAGCUGGAAGAGGAAAAUGCUGCUUUCCCUGAAGUGGUUGCUGUUGCUGAAGGACCCUUUAUCACAGGAGAAAACAUUGACACCUCUAGUGACCUGAUGCUGGCUCAGAUGCUGCAGAUGGAGUUUGACAGGGAGUACGACGCGCAGCUGCGGCGUGAGGAGAAGAAGAUCAAUGGAGACAGCAAAGUCUCCAUAUCCUUUGAAAACUAUCGGAAGGUGCAUCCCUAUGACAGUGACAGCUCUGAGGAUGAGGUGGAUUGGCAGGACACCCGUCAUGAUCCUUACAGAGCAGAUAAACCUACUACUACACCAAGAAAGGGCUUCACAGGGAAAGGGAAAGACAUCACCACUAAACAUGAUGAGGUGGUGUGUGGGAGGAAGAACACUGCUCGCAUGGAGAAUUUUGCACCUGAAUUCCAAGUAGGGGAUGGAAUUGGGAUGGACUUAAAGCUGUCAAAUCAAGUCUUCAAUGCCUUAAAACAACACGCCUACUCCGAGGAGCGUCGAAGUGCAAGGCUCCAUGAGAAGAAGGAGCACUCCACAGCUGAGAAAGCAGUGGAUCCCAAAACACGUUUACUUCUUUACAAGAUGGUCAAUGCUGGGAUGCUGGAGACCAUCACAGGCUGCAUCAGCACAGGAAAAGAAUCUGUUGUGUUCCAUGCAUAUGGAGGAAAUGCAACAGAAGAGAAGGUGGUACCUGCAGAAUGUGCCAUCAAAGUGUUCAAAACAACCCUCAAUGAGUUCAAGAACCGUGACAAGUACAUCAAGGAUGACUACAGGUUCAAAGAUCGCUUCAGUAAGCUGAACCCAAGGAAGAUCAUUCGGAUGUGGGCUGAGAAAGAAAUGCAUAACUUGACAAGAAUGCAAACUGCAGGAAUUCCUUGUCCUCAAGUGGUUAUCCUUAAGAAACACGUCUUGGUUAUGUCUUUCAUUGGCCAGGAUCAGGUCCCAGCUCCUAAACUGAAGGAUGUGACACUUAGUAGUGAAGACAUGAAAAAGGCCUACUAUCAGAUUCUUAAUAUGAUGCAACAGUUGUAUAAGGAGUGCAACCUGGUCCAUGCAGAUCUGAGUGAAUACAACAUGCUCUGGCAUGAUGGGAAGGUCUGGCUUAUUGAUGUCAGUCAGUCUGUGGAGCCAACCCAUCCUCAUGGGCUCGAGUUUUUGUUCAGAGACUGCAGGAAUGUUUCACAGUUCUUCCAGAAGGGAGGUGUGGCAGAAGCACUCAACGAGCGUCAGCUCUUCAACGCUGUCUCGGGCUUGAAUAUCACAGCUGACAACGAAGUGGACUUCCAGGCAGAGAUUGAAGCUUUGGAGAAGAUGAAUGAAGACCACGUGCAGAAUCAUGGCAAGAAACUGUCGAUGUUCUCCAGCGAUGGGGACCCACCUAUAUCUGAUGAAUAGCACUGAGUGUACAGC